UUGGCCAAUCCCAGCAGUGGACAGCAACAGCGAGCCAUGGAGCAAGAGACCGCCGCCGCCGCCGUCACGGCCGCCGUCGACCUGUCCCCGGUGGCGGCCGACCUCGGCAGGGUGCACCUCCUCCCCUGCGGCAUCAGGCAGAAUGGCGCCGCCGCCGUCUCGGACUACUUCAAGCCCAAGGACACAGGCGUGGAGGUGGAGGAGGCCAGCUUCCGCGGGAGGAAGCUGCAGGGCGCCACCAUCGCGCUCCCGGACGGCUACCAAGGUUAUAUAUUGGAGAAGACGAGUGGAGGAAAGGAUAUGCAGAACUUGGAGGGGGAGGUUAGCAAUUUCAAAUCCCGUGCAAAAUUCCAAAACAUAACAUAUUGGAAUCAUGACACCACACCAUCAGCAGAGGAUCCCCUACCGCGGUGCUUUCAUUUGCUAACUGUUGCGAAUGCUGUGCACAAGCCAGUGACCGCCGAAGAGAUGGCCAAUAUGUCAGCAAUGCAGAAUCAGAGCAGUUAACAGGGAUUCAUGACAUAACGAUGCUGCGAUUUCACAUGAUAUGACUGCAGCAUUAAGAAAAAGAAGCUAGCUAUUCAGCGUGUAGUUUCCAGCAGGUGAACCAUCCUGACUAUCAACCCAUCUAGCAAGCAAUCUAGUAUUUCAAUGUCAAGUUCCAACUGAAAAAGAGACCAUCUGUGAGCUUGUGGAUGCAGAUACUCAAGCAAGAAACUUCGCAUCAAAUGUACUACCACUUUUGAAUAAUUUUAGCUUAGGACUCUGAACUCCAUUUUUACCUGAAUCUGUUAUUCAGACAUUCAGUAUAUCAGUGACCUGUAAUGUUUGGACAGUAAACCAGUUCAUAUGUCCUGGUACUUACCGUGCUGUAAUAUUUUGGGAAAGAUACUCCUUUGACUUGUAUUAACGUGGAAAAUUUCUUAGAUAGUAUAGCUGCAAAUAUACAUAUAGUUGACCUGAUGAGUUCUAUAUGCAUCAGUA